AUGAAAUUCGUACAGAUACGUGAUGAUAUUCGUACAGACAUCUUGGAUAUGUCGAUUCCUGAGGUUUGUGAUGUUAUUUGGCAAGCUCUUCAACCAACUUAUUUACCAGCACUGAAAAAAAAUCAAUGGGAACGUGUAGCUAAGGAAUACGAAGAGAAGUGGCAGUUUCCAAAUUUACUUGGUGCUGUUGAUGGCAAGCAUAUUCGAAUUAAAGCACCCAACAACUCUAGAUCCUUAUAUUUUAAUUAUAAGAAAUAUUUUAGCAUAGUUCUUCUCGCUGCUUGUGAUGCCAAAUAUCGUUUUACAUGGGUAGAUAUUGGACAAUAUGGUUCACUCAGUGAUGGAGGCGUGUGGAAUAAUACAGAUUUUGCUAAAGCUUUGGAAGAAGAAUUGGUCGAUAUACCUCCUCCAAAAAAUUUGCCAAAUACAAAUAUUAUAACACAUUAUACUUUUGUUGGCGAUGAGGCGUUCCCCUUAAAGUUAUACAUGUUACGUCCCUAUCCAAAAGAUAAUUUAACAGAUGCGCAACAUGAAGAAAGUAUGUCUAAUGCGCGAUUGUAUUGUCCUCCUAAUUUUGUGGACAAUAUAGAUGAAGAAAAUGGAGAAUGGCGUAAUAUAAGAGGAGAUAAUGUUACUUUUACCGAUAUAACACGUUUAGGAAGCAACAAUGCAUCACGAAAAGCAAUAGAACAACGUAAUGUUUUAAAAGAUUACUUCCUCUCACCUAUUGGAGCAGCACAGGUACCAUGGCAAUAUGAUAGUGCUUUUAGAGGAAGAAAUAUUAAUUUGCCAGAAUAA